CUAAAAUGGGCCAAUGCCUGCCAAGUAGGAAAUGCAAUGAAGAAAUGCAAGGAGGAUACUGAUUCGAGGAGGGUGGGCAACAGCGACUCCGGAGGCGACAGCGGCUACAGCUAGGCGAGGGUUGAAACCCAACGAAGUGUACUAUUAUCAAUGUGGAGAUCCUUCUAUACCAGCAAUGAGUAAUGUGUCCUACAAAUGCAACACAAAGAAGUGAUGGAAUUAUAAGAGAAAGAGUUGUGCUACUGCAAAGUGAACUCGUAAGAAACGGAGAGUGUUAGCGAACAACUUUGAUUUUUGACCGCGAAGAUGCAACAAGCAAGUUCUUUCCCAAAAGAAUAAGUGGUUGGGUUUGAAUCUAUGGCGUUCAACUGUUACUGGGAUUGGUCGUCUAAGUUGCCCGAUGAGUUGACGGUGGAGAUACUAUGUAGAUUGCCAGAAAAGCCUUUGAUUCAAUUCGAAUCCGUGUGGAAAGCUUGGUACUUAUUGAUUUCUAAUGUUUGUGUUCCUAGAAUCUCUUCAUCCGCACCUCUCUCUGGAUUUCUCUUCAGGUUGAUUCCCCUUCCUCCAUUCUCCGAUUACCGUAUGGAAUAUGCUCCAUCAGAUUGUCGGAGAACCCCGCGGGACAGAGGACGAUUUGUGGAGUCGUAUUCGAAGCUAUUACCCUUUCAACCUAUUGGCAGGGAUGUUCUCGACUGUUGCAACGGUUUGCUCUUAAUUCUUCACCGCUCCUCUGUUCCUUCACAGUACUAUGUGUGUAACCCCGCCACAAAACAAUGUGUGGCUAUUCCCGUGAACCCUAAUCAUCUAGAUCCCAUAUAUGCUGUACUUGUUUUUAAUCCUGUUGAGUACCCACCGAAUAAUUCUAAUAAUAAUUAUAAAAUAGUUCGGUUUGCUAGCUCUGCCAGCACUGCCACUGUAACUCAUCCGCCGGAGCUGAAUGUUUUCUCCUCAGUUACCGGCAAGUGGGUCAACCAGCCAGUUCCACUCCAGCCUGAACCUGAGCUUUAUGGUUUCAAGUGGCUUUGCAAGUCUGUUUAUUUGGAUGGGCUGUUGUACAUGUUAUCUUACACUAAGUACCUCUUGUGUUUUGAUCUCAGUGCCGAUAAUUUGAAUCCCCGAGCUGUGAAGCUCCCGAACUAGGGUAAGGCUCUUGGUGUUGGAUUCAUUGGGAUGUCCAAAGAUUGCUUCUAUUACUCUAAUCAUGUUGAAAAUGCAAUCCUUGUUUGGUCACUUGACCAUGACCAUCAGUGGAUUUUGAAGCAUAGCAUCUGCAUUGAUGACUUGGUUUUGUUUCAUCACGGCAGGAUUUUAGACCGCUAUCGCCUUUCUCCGCUGUUCAUGCCUUGCGCUUUAUAUCCAUCUUCAGAAGUUAUUUCAUUGCUAUUCCCAGAUUGAUAUUCAGCUAUAAUCUAAAAACUAUUCAGUUCAAUGUAUUUUACAUACUGAAAGAAAACAGGAAUUUGAUUGAUGAUGGAUGUUUCUUCUUUCCUUACUCAUGCUGGCUGGUUGUUUUGAAUGAUUUUACGAAAGUAAAAAUUCUGGACCUAUCCAUUUUGUAACCAUUUGUGUACAUAUUCAACCAUGCGUGUCUUUAAUAUUUGCUAAUAAUUCAUUGAGUUGCUUACUUUGUACGGCUGA